UUUGGCAAAAAAUGAAGGUUUUCUUAGUGUUAUCGGCCUUAUUGGCUGUAGCAUGCGCCUAUGAUGUCUUUUUCCUCCACGGAGAUGGACAUGAUGAGGUUGUCUUCAAAUACGAAUCCGAUGUUCGUACUGCCGUGAUUGAUCCACACGUUACCGCAUCGCAAUUCAAAUUGCGCGGUGACUUGCACAUUCGUAAUGACAAAGCUGGCAACGGAACAAUCUACUGGUUGAAGAACGUCGAAAUCUACGCCUAUAACGGCGAAGUUGAAUUCUACCAUCACGACGUCGAUGGAUGGGUUCCUCUUCCCAAAGAAUCCGAAGCCUACUUGACACCCUUCUACGUUGGCUAUUCCGAAUCCGGUUUGGUGCAUGACAUCAUGUUCCAAAAAGACGAACCCGAAUGGACCUACAACUUGAAGAAAGCCAUCGCCUCCAUGGUUCAAUUGGACUAUGCUCGCGUCGUCAAAGAAGCCAAGAAACACCCAUAUGCCUUCCACGUAACCGAACACACGAUCUACGGCGUUUGCGAUGUCUCCUAUUCCGUCGUACCUCACGAAAAGGAAUAUGUCAUCACGAAAUACUUCGACCCGAAACACUGCGAUGGCGAGUACAAAGACGUUUACACGAACGUUGUUGCCCAUCAAUGCCACGAAGAUCACGACGACAGUUACCGCACACCCAACAAGAAGGUCUUCCAUGUCACCAAAGAGGGAGUUUUGGAAGAAAUCCAUUCGUCAUCGCAAAUCUUCGUCUACCCCUUGAAGGUUCAAGAAAACUUGCAAGUCGUUUAUGUCAACCAAACCUUCGAAUUUGUCAAGUACGUCAAGCCCGAAGAAACUAUCGAUGUCAGCAGCUUUGUCGUUUACUACCCAGUCUACUUCCGCAUGCCUCAUGUCGAUGAAUUGAUGAACGUGCCCGAUUACACUUUCGGUCGCAAAGUUGUCGAUGUCGAAUCGUACGUCACGAAAGUCGUCGAGAUGUUCCACGAAGCUGUCGAAUACGUUCAAACGAUCAACUUUGAAAAUACUGCUCCUCAUACCAAGGAAGGUCUUGUCAUUAGUCGCAUCGUCAAGUUCAUGAAAUACUUCGAUGUUGAGCAUUUCGACAAAGUUUACGCUAUUUUGGUUAAGAACACGCAACCCAAAGAUGUUGUCGCCUUGGAAAUGUUCUACAAAAUCUUGCCUAAUGUUGGAACUCGCCCAUCAGCGUUGUUCGUGAAGAACUUGGUUGUUGCCAACAAGACGAAAGAUUACAUUGCUGCUGCUAUGUUGUAUACUUUGGGCAUCAACAUGCACGUUCAUACCGAAAAAGUUUUGACUGAAUUGGAAGAACUCAUCCAUUUGGAGGGAAAAGUCAAGCCUGAAGUUCAUCAUGCUGCUGUCUUGACUUAUGCUACUUUGAUCUACGAAACGUACAAAGAUCACGAAGAAUCGCCCGUUUUGGAGAAAUACAUCAAGGAAUACUAUACUCACUUGACAACUGCUACCAAAUACGAAGAGAAACUCGUUUGGUUGCAAGGUUUGGCCAACAUUCGUAUCGGAUCCGUUUACAAAUUGUUCGUGCCUAUUGUUCAUGGCGAAGAAGUCUUCCCCUAUGACCGCCAUUUGCGCGUUCAUGCCAUCUGGAACAUCAUCCAUCCAUUGCAAGACAAGCACGUUGAAGCUUUCGAGAUCUUCUGGCCUGUUCUCGUCGACAAAUCGUUGCACAUUGAAUUGCGCGUCGCCGCUUUGAAAGGAUUGAUGGCAACUUCAAGCACCCAACAAUUGUACUACAUCUUCCAAUACAUGCAAACGGUCCAUUGCCCCCAUUUGUACAACUUCUUCUACACUGCUGUCAAGAAUUUGGCUCACAGCGAGAUCUACUGCGACAUCCGUACCAACAUAACCUCAUUCGCCGAACAAGUUGAACAAUACUUCCAAAAUGCUCCUGUAGAUGUCGGCACAAGCGCCUGGAUCCGUGAUUACAUCGAUGAAGACUAUGGCGUCGGAUUCUCCGUUUACGGAAACAGCAUUGCCAACGAAAAAACCAACGAAAUCAACCAAGUUUUCAUGCGUUUCGAUAGUCAUGUCAGCAACUACUAUUACAACAACUUGGCGGUUCACGUGAAAUUCGAAGGUAUUGAAUAUCCAGUUGAAACCUUCUUCUCCGACUUGGUUACUUUCUCGCCCGAAACCUUCAAGGGACACUUGUUCAAGAAAACUGGCGAACCUGUGCACGUUGAAAUCAUUGUGACGCAUCACGAUCAAGUUGUCUUCGUCAAAUACUUCACCGAAGAAGACAUCAAGGGCAUCUUCACUGCUGACUUCUUCAAGAUGAUCACAAUGUUGAAGUAUUUCGUCACCGGAAUCCAAUAUACCGUGCAAAAGGAGGUUAUUGUGCCAACUGAUGCUGGUUUCACUGCCCAAUUCUACAAAUAUUCGCCCGUUGUGUAUCAAUUCAAAUCGGAAGUGCCUGUUUACAAACCUGAAGAUACCCAAGUUACCAUCAAGACAUCCAAAUAUUUCCGUAUCUGGAAUCACGCUACUUAUGGAGUUCGCAUGUACAAUCCUUUGGGCGCUUAUACCCAAGGAGUUCGUCGCGUUUAUGCCUUUGAUGCUAAUGUUCCAUUGAACUACCAAUUGACAGUCAACUACAAGACGCAAUCCUUCAAGGUUGUCAUGGAGAAACAAGCUACCGAGAUCUACAACGUCUUUGGAGUUAAGACCCAUGUCAAAUCUCAAGUUUAUUCUGUCCCUGACAAAAACUCUGAUGUUCUUGCCCAUACCUGCAAAGAUUGCAAACAAUACGUUACUGUGACAAAGGGAGAUCACUUCAAACAUAACACUGAAUUGUUCGAUGCUCAUACCCGAUUCAAUGGAGCUCAAUACUACUUUGGCAUGUACGAUUGCGAAUACACGCCGCAAGACAUGAAAUCUCACGGACUUGCCAUUCCCAAGAUGACUUUCGAUUUCGUCAAGGAGUUCGGUCAUGUGCCAUUCAAGAAGUUUGCUGUUCAUGCUUGGCAAUAUUUCCUCAAAUCCGCUUACUUGCAUCCUCAGGGAACUUGCGGAUUGAUUGCUUAUGUUCGUCCCUGCACUGAACAUCCAGUUGAUACUUUCGAAUUCACUGUCAAGAUUGAACGUGAAGAAGACAAACAUCAUCCUCAUAUCCCCAAUGAACACGAAGUUGUGCCUCACGAUCACGUUCACGUCAAAUUGAACUUCUCCACGAAGAAAGAUUCCGAAGUUGUCAACGAAUGGUUCGGCAAAGUUCAUUUCCAUCACGAAUUCGGACAUUUGUUCAACGAAUUGGAAGUUCACUUCUCCGGAAAGCCUCAUGAAGAACAUUAUUACACAAAUUGGUGCUUCGAUCGCAAAAAGACCUACAAAAAUGAGAAGAUUGAGGGCGCUUACAAAUUCUACUAUGGCGUCUCCGCUGAACGUGAAUGCGUCAAGGAUGAAUUUGUCGCUUCAGUUGAUUACACCGCCGAAUACAGUCAAGAGCAAUUGGAAGAACAUGUUCAUCAUGAUGAUGCUCAUACCUAUACUGAUUGCCAACCUCAUUAUCCAUGGUCCCAUAACAACGAGACGACUUACAACUGCAUGUAUGCUCACACAACGUUGCGUCAUUACAAAUAUUUCAUCAAUUAUGUCAAUGUGCCAUCCGAAUUCGAAUACUAUUUCGAUAACAUUUGGCAUUUCUUGGUGACUUCGUACAAUCCAAGCUACGUGUUUGAAGCUGAACGUCAUGUUGCUGAAGAUAGCAUUGCUGUUGACUUGUUGUAUCCUAUUGCGUAUCACGAACCUGUUGCUCACGUCGUUGUCAGCCAUCACGAUCAUAGCUAUGUCUUCGAUGACUUCCCAGUUAGCGACUUCUGGUGGUUCUCGCAACCUGAGAGCUUACAUAUUCCAAGCUACUUCCGUUGGGUCAAAUUCUUGAACGAAUACCAAGUUUGCGCUAUUUACCCACACGAGCCCGAACACUAUUUGCCUCAUCAUCAUCUUGCUAAAUUCCCAACCAAGGAAUGGCAAUUGUAUGCUGCCAGCGCACCAACCAACUACACAUGGGGCGUUUACGUUCACAAAGUCGAAAACGAACAUGAUCACGAUCAAGUUGCUGUCAAAUUCGUCGUCAACGGACAUUGGGUUAUUGUUACUCCAAAUGUUGAUGUUGAGCAUACUUAUGGUCCCGCUAAAUUCCAAUUUACCACAGACGAUAAGAUGUUGCAAUACAUGGCGACACCAUAUGAAGACAACGAAUUGUUCGGCUUGGAAAUGUUCUACGUUAACGACUCGAUCUUCUUUACCAUCCCACAAUACGGCAUGAUCUGGACCUACGAUGGACAUAUUGUUCGUGUCAUCACUACUGAUGUUGAUCAUUACAAAUAUCACGGUGUUUGCUACGAAGAAUCCCAUUAAAUUAACGUGGGUACGGAAAAGUUCUAAGUUAUUAAAAAAUAUUUAAAUGUGUUAGAUCGUCAA